CGGAAACACGCGCCUCUCAUCAAGUUCGCUUCCUUUAUAGAGGACUUCAUCGAUUAUGACCGUCUCCACCCAAGACUUGGACCCGUACCCUCUCCCUGCUUGUCGUCAUGUCUUCUGCCUCGUUGAACAUUGCCUCGGUACUUGGCACAAUAGAGAUUGGUGUUAUUCUGAAUACGUUCCUAUUGGGUGUGGUGACCAUCCAGAUGUUCAGUUAUUAUAGCGCGCGUUUCAACGAUCCUUGGCGAAUCCAUAUACUCCUAUGGUGGGUUUAUACCCUUGACGUUGCCUACUCCAUGAUAGCCGUGGAGAUGUUGUGGGUGUAUACUGUAUCUGGCUUUGGGAACUUCACGGUCCUAGCCUCAGGCCGGUGGGAGUACUUUGUGCUACCAGUCUUUAUUUCAGCCGCGUCUGUGCCCGUCCAGUUCUUCCUGGCUUACCGAGUGAAAAAACUGCUUCCUUCCAAUCUUUCCCUACCAGCAUUUAUCGGCAUUGCCUUGAUGUCUACAUGCCAGGGCGCCAUUGCACUAUACAUGACCGUCGCAGCUUUUACAACUGUCUUUGAUGCUGCCGGCCUCGCGUCAUUCACGAAAAUUGGGCAGUCAUACACUGCUAUCAGUCUCUGUGCAGAUGUUCUCAUAACCGGAUCGCUGACAGUGACUCUCCUAUCGAAGAGAACUGGUUUCAAGACCACCGACAACAUCGUACUUCGGAUUAUCCUGACGUCCAUCGAGACCGCCAUUCCAGUGACUAUCUUUGGAAUCGGUCAUCUGGUCGCAGUGAACACAGGAUCAACCUCUGGCAUUGCUGAACUUUUCGUUAUCCCUGUUGCUCGCCUCUACACCAAUACCCUGUUGGUGACGCUGAAUUCGAGAGCGCAAGUUCGUGCCCAACUCAGCAGCAACUCUCACAAUUCCGGCAACAACGUCAACCUUAUCAACAGUACCUUUAAUCACGCGCGAGGCGUUCGGAUCCAAGUGGAGGAGGGUAUCGUUAUGAAAGACUUUCAGUUGUCCAAAGGCGAAGUUCCCGGCGUUGGCGGUAGUCAUGGCAGUCACGGUGAUGUUAAAAUCGAUGCUAUUUAGCGCCGGCGUGCUACGCUGCGGACAUCCGUCAGAAAACGGGUGCAUCCUGUACAUAUAUGUCAUUAGGACUACCCUGAGAUUUAGCUCAGGAACACUUAUAAUUUAUGGUGCAUGUGUAGAACACGUACACCAAUAAGUAGGGGAG